AUGGCAUGCAGCCGUUGGAUCCGACUCUUAUUCGGUCGAGAAUUUAAUUUUAAAGAAGUCUUGCGAAUUUGGGAUCUCCUUUUCGCUGAGAAUCUCAGAGGAGACAUUGUUGACCUAACAUGUGUUGCAAUGUUAUUGAGAUGUCGGUGGUCUUUGGUCGAAGCGGACUAUACCGCAGCGAUUACAGCCCUGACCCAUUACAGCUUUCCCCCAAGCCCAGAAGGCCCUCAACAACUGGUCAGAGAUGCCACAUUCCUAGAUAGGAAUCGAAACUCAUCUGCCGGAGCCACUUUGAUUCAGCAUUACACAGGAAGACGUCCCAAAACGGAUGAGACUUCGGCUAGUCGUAGUCAAUCUGGGAUCCGCAACGCGAGAACGAUACAGCAUCGACAAUCACCGAGUGCUUCUCCAGGCAGGUUCGCAUCACCCCAACGCCAACUGGAAGGGUUAUUUCAAGAAGUGGCAGGGGGAUUGCAGAAACGAACAGAGGGAUGGAAUGUCUCAAAGGCUGUCCGAAGUGCGGUGGGCGAAGUUAGACGUAACAUGAACAACUAUCAGACGCCACAUUCGAGACAGCCAAGUUCGGAUGUAUUGUAUGGUGAGCGCAAGUCUUUGGAUGGUCGAGCAGAAGAAGUUCGACAAGUCGCUCAGCACAAAAUCGAGGAACUAGAAACGCGCAACAAACAAUUGGCGAAGAUGCUAGACGAUGCGCUUCAGUCACUCCGGACGACUAAACUUGCAAGCUCUGAAUCUUCUGAUGAUGCAGAUCAGAGCUUCAAUAUGAGCUUGGCCAGGAUCCAGUUUGUAUCGGUGUACCUCAACAACAGUGAUAUACCUAUACCACCGGAAGUCUUGACGGAGGAGAGCACCAUACCAACGGUGAAAGUGGAGACAUCGAAGUCAGAAGCUUCAACACCCCCAACAGAAUCCUCGUCACACAGCACCCAAAGUCCACCAACAGUGGAAGCCGAAAAGGUAGCGCAAGAACCCAUCUCAAAUGCCACACCUGUGGUUGAAAAGCCCACAAAAGACGAGGAUGAUGCUAGUUCUGCGGGGCACAAAUCACGACCGUCGUUGAUGGAUGCGUCAUUCUCAUUCAUGCUAGGAGAGAAUAGGCAUCGAUCGAGCUUUGUGACCUCGGCAGCAUUGUUGCCCGAGCAGAGAAGGGAGAGUGAAUCCAAAACUCGGUCCGCUCAGUUAUCAAAUGAGGCAAAGACGAAAGCGCAACAGACAAGGAGAGGUUCUGAGAGCGAGGAUGAUGGUUUUACGCUUACCAAGAUGCGUGGAGGACGAGAGUAG